UAUUCCAACAAUGACGCCUAAUGAAGAAACUGAAAUUAAACAGCGUGUAAAAAAGGGUCAUCCUCAGAAAUUAUGGAAGCGAACUCAGAAGACUGAGAACAGAAAGAAACGACGGGAGGAGAAGUUGGAUAAGUUUAAAGAGUGGCGUAAACUGGCACGUACAUGCGAAUUCCACGCCCGUCGACAUUGGAUAAAACUUUUUAUUGGUGCUUUCAUCUUUGUACUGCUUAUUGCCAUGUACAAUAUGGCAGAUCUUGAUGAUCAACGAACCCCUCCUGUGACGGAUAAGGUGAUAGUUGAAUUUGCACAAAACGGAACAUCUUUGGGAACAGUUACUCUUGGUUUAUUUGGUCAAGUUUGCCCCAGAACAUCCACUAACUUCAUAAUGCUGGCAACUCAUGAAAAGGGAUAUGGCUACCGCGGAACUCAGCUUUUUAUGGUGAUACGUGACCACUUGAUAGCGGGUGGUGAUACGGAAAAUGAUGACGGAACUGGUGGCAAGAGCGCCCUCAAGAAACCAUUCCUAAAUGAAAACUUCGGCGUUAGUCAUACCGGACCUGGUUAUUUAGGGAUGGUAUCAAUUGGAAGCGGCCAUGGUAUCAGCAGACGGAUGUCACAAUUUUAUAUCACGCUCGGUGCCUUACGACACAUGGAUGGGAAGAGUGUGAUAUUUGGAAAAGUGUUAAAAGGUAUGGAAGUCUUCAAUAAAAUUGCAGAAACACCGGUUGAUAAAGAGAGUCGACCACUGAAGAAGAUCACUAUUAAAAACAUGGAUCACACACCUAACUAGAAAACAUUAGAAUAUAUAUAUGUCUUUAAUAUUGGAAAUUC